AUGUUUACACAGACCAGGCUACAAAUGCUUCCGGAGCCCUUGCGGGUUUUAUUGUUGGGCUCUGGCGGCAGAGAACAUGCUCUUGCAUGGAAACUCUGCCAGUCCCCUCUUGUUGAGCUUAUCGUUGUAUGUCCAGGAAAUGUGGCGACAGAGGAACUUACCAAGACGAAAAAUUGCAAAUAUGAGUCAGUUGAACAAGCUCUCAGUGUUUCUAAGAGUCGCAACAUCAACUUGGCUGUCUUCACCAACGAAGCAGACCUAGCAGCAGGGGCCGUGGACUUGUUCUCUCAGGAGGGAAUACCAUGCAUUGGGCCGCCAAAGAAAGCGUCGCUGCUUGAAACCUCGAAGGUCUUCGCAAAACGAUUUAUGAGCAAAAACAACAUCCCAACGGCCACUUAUGGCCAUUUCUCGUGUUACGAAGAGUCUCUUCUUUUUAUAGAAGAUCAAUUGGCUCAAGGGAGGAGAAAGGUAGUCCUCAAACAUACCGGCAUCGGAGCCAGGCAAGGUGUCUUCGUUAUCGAAACGCUUGAAGAAGCAAAACAAACAUUAGUCGCUGAAUUCGGCGGACAACCAUGUGGUACAUCUCGUCAGCCAGACUUUGAUAUACUUAUUGAAGAAUUCCUCGAGGGUCGCGAGUUUACCAUCAUGGCUCUUACAGAUGGCCGAAAUUUCACCAUGUUUCCCCCCUACCUAGACUUCAAGACACGCAAAGAAAACAAUCAAGGCCCGAUGACUGGGGGUAUGGGCUGUGUGUGCCCUACGAUCAGGUGUACUGAGUCCAUGUUUCAAGCUUUGGCGCAAGGCUUUAUGGCGCGCACAAUUGCAGGCUUGGGUAAAGAAGGACUUGACUUCCCUGGAUUCAUUGCCAUUGAUGUUAUUUUAACUCACGAUGGGCCGAUUGCCAUUGAGUAUGACUUAAGACUAGGUGACCCGGAAACACAGGCUUCAAUGCCUCUGAUACAGCCUGACCUGGAUCUAGCGAAGGUUUUGGCACAAUGUCAUAGCGACCAGAUAUCUCUCAGCUCAUUACUCUUUCAAAAAGACAGGUUUGCGGCAGUUGUUGUUGCCGUAACAAAGAAAUAUCCACUUGAGUCAGAAACCCAGCCUCUGCAUGUCAAUCUGACUACACCAACUCAGAAAGAUACGAUCAUAUACCACAGCCAUACUUUCCAUCCAAGUGUACAGCCAAGCCAGCCCGUUGUGCAGGCACGAGGUGGUCGAGUAUUAAGUGUAUGUGGCAUUGGCAAUAACCUCGAUGUCGCAGCUCAGAGGGCAUAUUCUGGCAUGGAAGCAGUAAAGUUUGAAGGAAUGGAGUACAGGACUGACAUAGGUACUGAAACAGACAAUGUAUUGUAA